AUGAACGAGCUGGUAACUCAGGCACCUGGCUUCUUCGACUACCAGUUUUCAAUUUGCUUCGACUAUCGCAGAAUGCUCGGCACUAAGCGACGCCGUGAUUGGAGCUGUCAUGCAGCGCUCGACCGUGACAGAACGUUUAAUCGCAUUGGGAACAGUGCCAACGUUGCAAACUCCUGUCAACAGCAGUCCGGACGUCAGACGCACCGCAUCGAGCCAUACAAAAAACAAGUCAAGGGCGCCCAUGAGAGUCCCGCUAAGGUGUCAGUUGCGACGUCCAAGAAAACUGUGCUCUCGUCAUCAGUCGCCCAGCUUAUCGGGCAAACAGAUUUAACUUCGGGGCGAAGACGAAUUGCAUGUCUUUCGUCCGAUCUAAAGACUGUACAGAGCAUUAUUGAAAGUAUUCAAGGGGCCGACCACCAUAUCACACCGGAGUUACAGCGGGCGAUCGUGACUGAAGCCUUGAAGAAGAAGAUCCGUCACCGAGAGCGCUGUCGUAUCAACCAGGCACGCUACCGACAGAGGCAGAUGCAAGUCGAAACUGGAAUUGAAGAUCAGAUCAAUAAACUAAAAGCGGAGAUUAAAGACCUAGAAAGGAAGAGCACCGACACUGUUCUCCCUCCAUCAACUCCAACGAAUUGGGCGCUGGCGUCCGAGUACUUUCGCUUGUUAAAUUGUUAUGUGUCGUCACCUGGGACGCUGUACAAGAUGGCAUCCAAGUUUCUCAUCGAUACGAUGGCCGCUGAUGUCAUUGAUGGUGCAACGUAUGGUCCGGAAGCGCAACUGGACAGCUGGCGAUUCUUCGCCUACUACUUUGACGAUACAACACGCUUCGCCGCGCAUUCCCUCAUCUUAACAGCGAUGGUGUCGGUGGGGCUAAAGGUGGGGUGUGGUGCUAUAAUGGUGAAUAAGAAGAUCGUCAUGCAAGGGUCGGUAAUGUUUGGCUGGGAUAGUGCCUCGGAUAAAGUGACGAGCACUUACGCGCAGGCAGACUUAGUGACACCACUGCUGAACCUGCUAGGUAGCUUAGAGGACGUGUCUUGUGCCUUCUACAAGGCACGAGUCACACCCGACUGUCGAUUUGUUAGAGGCUCUUAA